AUGGAUGCUCCAACGAUGGCUGACUUCAGUCUUCUGAAAAGAAUCUUGAGAUAUAUUAAAGGAACAGUUGACAUGGGGAUGCAUAUAGGAAGAAAUAAGGAGCUCACUCUCUCAGCUUACUAUGAUAGUGAUUAUGCAGGUUGCAAAGAAACAAGACGGUCUAUGACUGGAUUAUGUAUUCUUAUGGGAUCCAACUUGGUUUCCUGGUCCGCAAAAGACAGCAGACUGUCACCAAGUCUUCAACGGAGGCUCACUUGGAUAUUGUUCAUUCUCAGGGACUUUGGUAUCACACCAUUCGAGCCAACUCUCCUGCAGUGUGAUAACUUGUCUGCAGUAUAUCUCAGUGCCAAUCCUGCUCUACAUAACAAGUCUAAACACUUUGACACAUAUUUUCAUUACAUAAGAGAACAAGUCGCAUUGGGGUUGAUUGAAACAAGUCAUAUACCAGCAAAAUUGCAGCUUGCUGACAUAUUUACGAAGUCGUUGCCACGAUCAGCUUUUGAAGAACUCAGAAACAAACUUGGCGUCGGAAGGAGAAGCACACCAAGUUUGCAGGGGGAUGUGAGUGAAGCAAUGAAAAGUGUGGGCCAAACAAGUACAAGGAAGGAAGAAGAACAAAGCCCACGCAAACCCAUCAAACUAUUACCUCAGAACAAGCAAACAAAGGAAAAGAAGAAAAAGCAAAAGACGUUCAACGCUGAGAAAAUCGGUUCUAUCCGUUGGCUCUGCAACAAGAUGCUUCACCUCUUUACAGCUGUAUAA